AUGGAAAUCGUCAGCAUUGAUUCGCCGAAGUUCCGAAUAGGAGAUCUGAAAAAGCAGUUUAUUUCCUGUUUACCCGAUGAACAUAAAAUAUUGAAGGAAAACGAAGCUAGUGAUCUUCUUACAUCUGAGUUUAAAAAGAUCGUAACUGAUUCUUCAAUAUUCAAGCAGCUUGAGAAUGAUUGCAGUUUAGAAAAUUUAUACGUCGAUAGAGAGUACACGACCUUAGAAGAAAUCUUAAAAAUCAUACCAUCGAGGAAAGAUGAAAAGCAACUGAAGACCCUAACUCAUUUACUGAAAGAAACUGAAGGUUUGAAUUCUAGAACAUCAGUCCUCACAGCAAUGCAAAGAAAUCCUCGACCACUUGUGGAUAUGUCUUACCGAAAUUCUGUUGAUGAAUCUCCAGAGGCCACAGAAAUUAUCUCGGAUGUAUUUGUGACCGUUCUUGUCUACCGACCAUUUAGCCUUCCUAACAUUGAUCCCUGUGCACAGUCUCGGCAACUAGUCAUUACUCAGAGGUUGGUGCUGUUGUCCAAACAAAAUCUAACAGUCUUAAGGGAAGCUAUAAAGUGUUCACAAGAUAAAGUUUGGCUAGGAGACUGUAGCGAGGCCCUUGAUAAUCCUGAACUGCGUGUUUCGGCGGAUAAAAUAUACCCAUCUUCAUACUUUUUCAUUGAAGGCACAUUUUAUGAUGAUUUGCGGAACGCAAAUAGCAAGAGCCUUGGGGAAGAGGUUAUACAGUGGGCGAAAAGCAAGAAAGAACUUAAGACGUAUGGGCCUUUUACAUCAUUACCAAUGGAAUCAAUGACUCUCGAAAAUCUUGUUAUUUGUAUUGGAAAGCCAUAUUUCUUCGUACACCAAGGAAAUUGUGAACAUAUGAUUAUCUUCUCCGAUAUCCGUCUUGUAGAUCGUGAUUCAUGUCAAACUGAGUCCUUAUUCCCAAUGCUCACCGGUCGAUGCAAUGUACGUGUAAUGCAUUGUUUCGUUUGCAGACGUCUUGCAUCCCGCUGGAUAGUUACAGAGUGUGGGACCAUUCUACCUGUUGAUCCAUGUCCAAUAUGUGACACAAUAAAUCUUAUGGGUUUACCUAGAAAGAAAAACAAUGAACAAGCAGCGAACACAAACCCAUCGGUAGGAGAAUCAAGCGCAGAUAAGGUUGCGGCUGCUACUUUCGGUGUUUUAUCUGAAAUUUCAAGUCUCUUAAACACAGGUUUAGAUAAUGAAGAAUUGCUGAUGUGCAUCAAACUAAUUGAGAGCGGUGUGAACCCAACUACUCUAGCUUUACUUGUAAACAAUGUGAAACAACAGUGCGAACACCUUUCUGAACUCAAAAGAUAA